AUGAAUAAAGAUGGACAAACGGGACCUUCAAAUGAACUUCAGGACCGACUUCAAGCUUUGACAGAAGAAAAUUCGCAGCUGCGUGUAAAAAAUGAACGCAUUUUCAUCAAAGUGGGCUACCUGGAGAGCAGACUGGGCUACCUGGCCAGCUCCAACACAGAUCUGUCCUGCAGGCUGGUCCAGAGUGAAGAGGACAAACUCAAGAUAUCUAAGGAGUUUGUGGAGCAGAAAAUUCAGACGAACAAGAUGAGGGAGCAGUUUGAAGAAGAGAAGUUUGAGCUGAAAAACAAGAUAUUGAAUCAAGUCGGUGAAACAACGGCUCUUGAGAUGGAGCGAAACAACUUAUUCAGGCAACUCCAGUCUGCCGAGGCUCGUCUGAAAGUGGGAGAGAAGAGCCUGACAGAGGAGAACGCCACACUGAAGAAGAGCUACCUAACUCUGGCUGAGGCCCGUAAUGAAGAGCUGGCCCAGAGUGAAGAGCUGAGGGCUGAGCUGCUAGCACUGGCUCAGGCCCAGGACGUCCUCCGUAGGCAGCUGGAGGAGCAGCAGCAGAGUGUGAAGACUACGACCCAGGGCCUGCACGGUGAGCUGGACAGAGUGCGGGCCUUGAUCAGCCGCAUGUCACAUAACAGAGUCAAGCUGGAGGAUCUGGCAGCUUUGGACAAGGAGCAAAAGAUUAUGGAAAAAGCUCUACAUGGAAACCAAGAUGAGUUCAACUCCAUGCUGGAGAAAAUGAAGAACGGCUACGAGGAACAGCAGAAGAAACUGGAGGAGAAAGUGGUGGCAAUGGGUAAAGAGCAUCAGGAGAACAAGAGAACGAUGCGUAAUCGCCAGCAGGAACUAUCUGAGCGGAGUGCGACCCUGAUGUGCUCUCAGAGCCAAGUGAAGGAGGCGGAAGAAGAGAACUCGAAGCUGCAGCUUCAAGUCAAAGAGCUGAAUGAGGAAUACCGCGCAAGGCUUGUGUGCUAUUUACAGGACUUAGCUGAGUACAUCGAUGGACUUGGAGAAGGUAGAAACCCUUCAGAGACUUCUAAGAUGACGGCACAUGUGGACAGCAUGCUCCAGGAUGUUCGUUCAUCCUACAGAGUCCGGGAGGAACAGCUCGCCUCUGCUGCGCGCUCCUAUAAGAAGAGACUGCAGAAGAUCACCAAGACCCAUCAUGCUCUCCUUAUUGCAUACAGGAUUCAGAGGGAGCAGAUCUUGGCCCACCCUGGCAGCGGUCUUGACCCCGGACCCCCAGAAGCCUGCUUCAGCCUGGAGCCCACUGAGCUCAGAGAUGAAACUGAGAAGGAGCUCCAGCACCUUCGCCAGGACAAAGCGAGGCUGGAGGGUCAGCUGCAGGCGGCCCGGGAUCAGGUGGUUGUUCUCAAAGUGCCAGUUCAGAAUUUAAGCCGUCAGGAUUAUGAAAAAUGUAACUUCAUCAGAUCGGCAUGCGAGGAAUCUUGGUCGGACAUAAGGAAGCAGCUGAGCGAGAUCCCAGACUCUACACUGGUUGGCUUUGAGAAGGAGCGCACCCUUCUCAUCACCAGGGCAACAGUUGCCGAGGCGCAGGUGUCAGAGUUGCAGGACUAUAUUGACAACCACCUGGGCAGGUAUAAAGAGGAGAUCUCCCAUCUCUGCAGACUGCAUGGCACUCAGCCGGCCGAGCGCUGUAGUUCAUCACUACAAUAA